UUAUCUUUUGGAGCCAGAGAUAUCUUGGGGUGGAGGUUCUGAAGGCGGGGGGUGCCUGGUAAAAAAGACCACUGUUCAGUAUCUAGAGGCUACAUGACCUCAGUACAGCUUCUUACCAAGACACAGCAGGCAGUCUCAGCCACCCAGCAGACACAAUAGCCUCUACAGUGCAGACGCUCAGUGUGGACACACAGAAUUAUGGAGGAAGGACCUUACCAGUACAUCAGGGAUGGGAAUGGCAAGGUCAGUCGGGUCAUCCGGAUCGGAACCCGCAAGAGUCAGUUGGCUCGCAUCCAGACUGACAGCAUAGCGGACAAGUUGAAAGAACUGUACCCGGACAUCCACCUGGAAAUAAUUGGCAUGUCAACGACUGGAGACAAAAUCCUCGACACGGCUUUAUCAAAGAUUGGAGAGAAGAGUUUGUUCACCAAAGAGCUGGAGAAUGCUCUGGAGAGGAACGAGGUCGACCUGGUCGUCCACUCGCUGAAAGACCUUCCCACCACUCUGCCUCCAGGAUUCACCAUCGGGGCUGUGCUGAAGAGAGAAAACCCCCAUGAUGCAGUGGUCCUGCACCCAAAAAAUGUCGGGAAAACUCUUGACACUCUGCCAGAAAACAGUGUGAUUGGCACCAGCUCACUGCGCCGUGCUGCUCAGCUGAAGAAGCGAUUCCCCCACCUGGAUUUCAAAGAUAUUCGUGGAAACCUGAACACGCGUUUGAAGAAGCUGGAUGAGAAGGACGACUUUGCUGCCAUCAUACUGGCUGCUGCCGGCCUCAAGAGGAUGGGCUGGGAGACGCGGAUCGGCCAGGUCCUGGGGCCUGAAGACUGCAUGUACGCUGUUGGACAGGGGGCUCUAGCUGUGGAGGUUCGGGCCAGAGAUGCAGACAUUCUGGAGAUGGUGUCUGUCCUCCAUGACCCUGACACUGUGCUGCGCUGCAUAGCUGAGAGGGCCUUCCUCAGACAACUGGAGGGCGGCUGCAGCGUUCCAGUGGCUGUGCACACUGAGGUGAAGGACUCGCAGCUCUACCUGACUGGAGCUGUGUACAGCCUGGAUGGAUCAGACAGUCUGAAGGACACCAUGCAGACCAACAUUGCUGCUGCUGACAAGAGCCAAGAGAAGGUGGACGAGCGGGUCCAGCGAGUGGGUGUCACAGCCAGCAAGAUCUCGGAUGAAGCCCAGGACCGGGCCGAGCGCCUCGGCGUCGACCUGGCCGACUUACUGCUCAGCAAAGGGGCCAAGGAGAUCCUGACGGUGGCCAGGCAGCUCAACGACGCCAGAUAAUCCUGCCGGGCUGAGGGGCGGGGCUCCCGGGGUGACCUGGUCCUCGAGUGCACGAAUCAGUCACAGCCUUGUGUCAAGUAAAAACUUGAAUUCCUUUUUUUUUUUUUUUUUGUUGCACAUUUCAUGUUUGAGAAAAAGAAUGGUGAAGCUCUGUUGCACCUGGUUAGCCCAGUCAACACCAGAUAAAUUGCUGAGGAUUUCAAACACUACUUGGACCAAAGUUGUGCUCAGUGUGGUACAAUGCUGCUAAACUGAUUGUCACUAUCAGCUUGUUCAGGGUCACUGCACUCUGUAGCACACUUGGUCUUGGUUCCAGCCUGUUCUCACACACAGUACCUCAUGGAACCAUCUCCUGAGCCAUGCAGAAACCGCCUUACUGGGAUUAUCAUUGAGAAACACAAAAUGGCCUUCAAGCAUUGUCACAGCACUCGCAGUACUGUCACUGACUGAUAUCCUCAUGGUUAAACCCUUUUUUUUUUUUUUUAAAGCAUGCCACAAAGGGAAUGCUACCAAAAUUCAGCACUCUCAAAUAUGCCCCCCCCAAUUUAGGAUGAAUUAUCAGCGUCUGUUAUUGUUCCCCAAACCCAGAGUUCCUCUCUGAGCUCUUAGCAGCGUUCUCAUUUGGAAAAGCUGACUUCUGACGGUACCAAAGAUGAGCUGUUAGCACGUGGGCACAUUUUCCGGUUUGCUGCAGUGAAAUGACGCUCCUUUAGGUGAGAAAGUUCAGACAAAUUACUAUAAAUAUAAACUCAGUCCUUCAUUCAUCAGCUCUAAGCUCUUUUUGCCAAGAGUCAACAGUGACUCUCUUUCUCCUUGAUGCUCAUUAGUACUCGAUCAGCCCUCAUCCGUGGGAGUAAUUACUGUUACAGUGUAGGAUUUCAGCUGAAGAGGUUUACUGCUUUUGAGAGUGUCCUACCUAGCAACCUCUUUUACAGAGAGAGACUGUAUUUAUAAUAGAUGAUGAUAAGCUGAAGGGAGCAUUUAAUGUACCCCUCCUGUGACACAGCCGGUGACGCUGACUUUGUCCACAUGUGUCCUGAACCACUACAUGACUUGUUUAUCGCUGCAGCAGUCCCUGCAUCUGUUUUCAGUUUUCCGCUCUGGUUUUAAAUGUACACCGGGCCGUUCCAGCAACAGUUUGUCCUGCUUCUGCUUACCUGGUAUUAAAUAUAAAUGCGACAGUUGUGGAUGAACAGUAGUAUAAUGGACAGAAAUAGCAGCAAAGCUACACAUUGGAUUACAAGAACAGGCUGUAGGAUGAAUUACUGUGAUGUUAGAGAUGUAAAGUAGCCAAGUAGACCUUAUUUAAUGUAAAAAUAUCUGCUUAUUUCUUAAAAACAUAACAGUGUUUUACAGCUGUAUUGCCACACUCAUUACACUGGAUCGAGGCUUGAGUAAUGACCUUUAGGGACUCAUUCAUGCAGAUGGUACUUGCAGUUGUGGUGUAGUUCUAAUGAGGUACCCCUGCAUUCAAUAAACAAUACAAAAAUUACCUCAUCUCAUAAUUAUGACCUCUUGAUCUCUAUCUUAUGAGCCUUUUCUUGUAUUAACGAGAUAAGGAUGGAUGAUGUCAUCAUGAGAUAGUGUGUGUACAUAUAUAUAUCCUCAUAGAAUUUGUAUUUAGCAUCAUAAUUACAGCAUCUGAAACGAUGGAUCUCAUAUGGAUCUUCUUGUAAUUCUAGAGUCGGGUUUUAUUUAGCAAUUUGGAGACAUGGCUGUCCUAAUCAUGAGAUGUCAAGUCAUAGUAAAGAGAUACAGAAGUCGUAAUUACGAGAACAUAUCGUUUGGGUAAUGCGGUGCGCACUUGUAUAGUUCAUCCACAGCUAUUCAAAAUUUUAGCAGGUUGUUUUUUUGUAUAUAUUAAGAUAUAAGAAAGAACUUUGUAUUUGCUGUAAAGUUGUCAUGCAGGAUGCUGUACUCCACAUAUCAACCGUGAAGUGUUUCCAAAAGCAAUAGACUUUCAAACAAACCUUGACCUUAAUGACUCGCCUAAUGAAGUGAACUUGUCUUGAAUGCCACUGUUUGUCUUUCUACAGUUUCUAUCAAAGUGCCAGCUCGGUAAAUGUAUCAUCUCUGCGUAUCAGCCUUCCAUAUCUGCCUUGUGAUGAGUCACAGUAGACUCUGGAUCAUCUGUAUCAGUAUACCCACUGUAUAGUUAGUGUGAUACCAUAUUGAACUCCCUUGAUUGUAUGCUAUACUUAAUUUAAACCUCCUGAGACAGUGUGAGGUAACGUUAGCCAUAUUUGCUUUUCAGCUUUAAUUUCUGAAUGGAUUAAUGUAGAAUGUCUCUGUAUUUAGAUUCUCUAUGGUAGUGCUCAUUGUUCCAUCGGUCUGUUAAUGACUAAAUAUUGACAUGGUGUCAUCAAGUGUGUUUGUUUGCCACUUAUGAGAACAUCAUGUCAAAUUAAAGUGCUGAUGUUAAUAAACAAUUGUCA